AUGAACGACGGCUCGGACCAGGACGGGAGGCCGAGAAAGGUGCGGAAAGGAACACACAGUUGUCGCGAAUGUCGUCGAAGGAAGGUGAGAUGCACGUUUGCGUCAUCGAAAGAUCCUAUUUGCAUUACGUGUCAUCGUCGAGGUACCAAAUGCGCCAGUCAGGGAACUGUCGAGGGACUGGACAGACACGUUGAGCCGGAGGCUGCUUUUGACCAGUCGGUCGGCGAUAUCACGCUCGCAUCCUUCGACGAUAGUUCAUUCGGUGGGAAUAGCAGCUACAGCGCAUCACUCCAUAAAACGCCAAAUCACCUUCUGACGCCAGUGUUGUCGGCAACACCAGCAUCGGCUCACGUCACCGUUGCAGAAUCAACCGCACUCACAACAAUCACUCAAACUCUUCUCCGCGCUCUUCCUCCGCGACAUGAUAUCGAGAUACUCCUUGGAAAGAUUAGCAAAACCUCGUCGUUAUGUUAUCAGUCCAACUUCAAGUCUUGCGGCGAGACGCCAAAUGAACUGCCGACAGAAACAAUCGCAAGGUCGACACUACUUGAUCCCGAGUCUCACCCGGUCUUGUUGGCGCGGCAAAUGUUGCUCUUCGCCUCAGCGCUGCAGCACCUGUCUCCGACUGCUGUGUUCCCUGGCCUCAGCAAGCAUCACCAUGCCAUCAUGGAAGACCUCGCAAAUUCUGCAAUACAGAUGGUCACUACGAUUGACACCCUACUUGGAACGCUGGAAGGGCUCGAAAACAUUAUUCUUGAGGGGUUGUAUCACAUCGAUAGUGGAAACAUGAGGCGUGCUUGGCUGACCUUCCGUCGUGCUGUCAUGGUAGCACAGCUGUUGGGCCUGCAUCAACCCGGUCACUAUCGAUACAAGCUGAUCAACGAGCACAAUGACUUGGAUCCCGUUGUUAUGUGGAAAUCCAUUGUUUCAACAGAGCGUGUUUGCUCGCUGCUACUAGGUCUACCGACAAGUACUAGUACUACUGCCUCCACAGACCCAGACGCAACCAAGCCUGACGGAAUUUACGACCUUGCCACCCUCUCUAUGCGCGUAACAGCCCGGAUCCUCGAACGAAACCAGGCACCCAUCGGGGAGCGCGCUCAAAAGUUGACUCGUGAGAUCGACCAAGAGCUAAUACACCUGACGCAGCAACUGCCCUCCUCAUUCUGGCGCCCAUUGUCGUUCUCCGGCUUGCAAGUAGACUCUGCGGCGGCAUUCUGGGAAAGCCGACGAGCCUGGGACCAGAUGACUUACUACAGCCUCGUCAAUCAGCUCCACCUGCCAUACAUGCUCUGCUCCUCUGAUUCGCCGGGCGUGCUCUACUCCCGAAUCGCUUGUGUCAACGCCAGCCGGGAGAUCCUGAAUCGUCAAAUCGCAUUCAAGACCUUCAAUCCGAUCACGACCUGCUCUCGGAUGGGCGAUUUCAUCGCCUUGAUUGCCGGCAUGACCCUGAUCCUCGCACAUCUCGUAAGCCACACGCAAAACGCGACGGGCAAUGCCCUGGUCCAUCAGCGGUUCGGUGACCGGGCGACAGUAGAACAGGCGCUGGAAUGUAUGAAAUCCAUGUCCGAACUGCACGAGGACGUCCUCGCCGCGCGAUGCGUGGGCAUGCUGCGGGACUUGCUGGCAAUUGAAGCAAAUGCUGCACGGGGCCCCAAGACCGGCGCCUGUGGUGAGGACUGCUUUCUUAUGAUCAAGGUGCCGUAUCUCGGGGCCAUUAGGAUCGGCCCAGAAGGGGUCGGCCCUAUGACUGCUGCCGAGACAGAACAGCAUCGAGGCCUGCAUCGCGGUGUGACUAUAGGAGGGAUCGGAUCGAUCGAGGUCAAGAGCCCCAUGAACCCGGACUAUCGGCCUGGAGAUCUGGCGGCCAAUGUACCGGUAACUGGGGACGCGGCUGGACAGCCAGCAGCUGCCAUUCCGCCUGCACUAGAUGCACCACUUGUCGACCAGGCUCUGCCCGGGGAGUACUUUACUAAUGAUCAGAUGUUCCCUGAUGCUGCUGCUCCGCUAGAUGACUGGGUAUUUCAAGGGGUGGAUAGUGCAUUCUUUGACGUUUUGAUGCGCGGAGUCGGGGACCCUCAGGUGAAUAACACACUGGUAUGA